AUGCAGCCGGAUGUAGAAAGCAGAGUUGGUUUGGGUAAGAAAGGAUACGCACUCGGUAUAAACGACAAUCUGCUUCUUCACGAUCGGCAACCCUCCACAUUUAAUCAUGUUGCCGAGGCCUUCGAAGCUGUUCUUGGUGCUAUCUACUUGGACUCUGGAAACAACAUCGAAACCGUCAAGGAAGUUGUCACCGGAAUCAAGCUCGAUAGUCACAAGGGAUUAGAAGAGCAGAUUACGGCCCAGGAUCGUCUGGACAGUAAAAGGCUUGCGGCGCUACAGUACUCUGAUUAUAUGACGAACCAACCUGCCUACACUAGAAAAGCCCAGCUGGAGGCCAAUCAGGCAGCACUGGCAGCGAAAGAAGCAGCAAAACUGGCGGAAAAACAGGUGGCAGAUCGGCCUAGAAAGGAGGCGCAAGAAGACAAUAUAUCCACCAAAAGUCAAAUACACGAUGGACACUCGGGAACAGUUCAGCCUCAAACUAAGAAGAAAAGCAGCGUUGCGCUCACACAUGCGGAGGCCUCGAAAAAUCUAGCCGAUUCCGUGAUCGAAUAUCGCACGAAUGGUCACCCGAGUGACGCAAAGGAUCUGAGACGACUUGAUAGACAAGACGCGCAACGCCAAAAUCCAGCCUCGAAGGAAAAAGCACCAUCGCAGAAUUCCAAUCAGGCAUCAGAUUCAAAAAUGCAACGACGCGCGGUCGUAGCUGCCAACAAGCUAUCGAAAGAAGGCUACCUAUCAAAUGAUGUCUUGGAACACGAUGACAAGAAAACAGUCUCUAAACGCCAAGAUUUGCCAGCAUCUCACGCCGAGAACCAGGACAAGGUAGUCACCCGAGGCACCAAACUAUCGCCGGAGGAACAAGCAGAUAAGUUUGUCGCAUCGAUGAAGUUUCCAGCAGAAAUGGAAUCACCUGAGGGCUUGAAAAGCAGUGAGAAACGCAUCAUGAGAAUAGCAUGGGACAGGGCGGUACGAAAAUGCGCCGACAGCAUCAGAAUAAGCGAAACGAGAGACUUUGAGGGAACGUUUGCGCAUAGGUUGAAGCGAAUGGUACGGUACCAGGUAAAUGCUGGUUUGGUAAAAGACGAAUCGAGAGAAACAGUGAGGCUUCUCCGCCUGCAAGCAAAGCUUCGAGGCCUCAGUCAAGGAGAAGAACAGGAGAAGACAUAUCGCAAGACCAAUUCAAAGGUUCCAAUCAAACUUAGUCGAGAGACAACACAGGCACCGGUGAGUGUUUCACCAGAGCCGAAAGCUGCGACGGCAACGAAAGCAAAUCCUACACCACAAGAGACAGAUCCUGCACUGGAGAUAGUAGACACUGUACUAGAGAAAGCAGAGCCUCUACUAGAGACUGGUAUGAACAACGAUAAGCCAGUCCAAAGACGCUCAGACUCGCCGAAGGAAUCCCAUCUUGCAGACGCAGCCACCACAGAGAUGGAAGAUGAAAAGAACAUACAAGUGCGCACCAAGGAUGUUGAAUCACUAGAAAGAGAUAUUCUCAACUCGCAUAACACCGUAUGGCAAACGGCCGAUACCGCAGAUGCGUCAACAUCAGAGCAGCACAGCGGACGCACAACUCGUGCACGCCGUUCUGCUGCGGAUGGCCAGGCGGAGAAGCCAUCUGCUUUAAACGAAUUCUUCGAAUCGGACACGGACAGGUUCAUGUCGAGCAUCACGCAAAACGAUUCAGAAGCGUCCGACGCCCCUCAACCGAAACCUCGUGAGGAAUCUGAGAUGCAGUCUUCUGACUCUUCUAAGGAGCCAGGGGAAUCGUCCGCCCCAUCUGCAAGGAUAAUAUAUCCCAAACGUCCCAACCGAGCCAUGCGUCGUCGAUCACAACAUUCAUGA